AUAGGAAUCAGUAUUAUUCGAACUAGCAUUGGGUGUUCUUCUUGGAUGGGUGAAGUUGUUAUUGAGCUUUACUGGAAACAUGCGCCAAUUACAUGCAGAAAUUUUGCUGAACUUACACGGCGUGGAUAUUACAAUGGAACAAAAUUUCACCGAGUUAUUCGAGAUUUUAUGGUACAAGGUGGUGAUCCUACUGGAACUGGCAAAGGUGGAGUGUCCAUUUAUGGAGAAUGUUUCGAUGAUGAGGUGCACGAUGAUUUGAAACAUACUG